AUGAAAGGCGCUCACAACACUGGAGAUGCUUCUCGUCAUGUACACCUGCCUACUUCAGGCGAGGGCGAUCUAAUCGCAGGCAACCACACGCGACAACCAUCAGCCUCCGCGCCUCUGAGUGAGGACUGGGGAUCUCAGAUACUUCAGGACGCCAGUCGCGCCGACACACUUCAUACACCCGAUCUGGCACAAGGCGCAGUAGAGUCUCCAGAACAUGCGUUCAGCCUGGGAAGUCUACACACAUCAGGAAAUGCUACGAAGUGGCAUGAAGCACUUCAGAUGUUCAAAAGGAGCAACAAGAUUGAGUACGAGUAUCUCGAUAGUAAGAUCAGUCAAACGCAAACAACUCAAGGCGGUGACAUAAAGUGGACGCUGCCCAAGCAUCUCGAGCAGGAUCCCAAAUCCAACGAAAUCAUACGUCGAGCUAAACGAUGGUUACCUACUCUGGCGAGUGUCAGGUCCGUUGUCAUGCCAAUCGCAGCUCUAGAUCCACACAAGAUUGCUCCCAUUUGCUGUGCAAUCAUUCUGGCUAUUCCUGAGCUUGCGGUCAAUGGUCCGGAUACAGAAUACAGAUCCAAAGCACUAGACGCAUACUUCGAAGCGGCCAAUACUAUCAACGACUGGAUAUCCUUUGAAAUGAUAUUUGCAGUAGAACGCGAGGACGUAGUGUCGAAUUUGAAGAGUCAGCUCCCCGAUGUCUACAUCAUGGCAUUACGGCUCAUGUGCCACAUUCACUCCGCGCUGGAUAAGCUCUCGGAGGGAUCGAAAGCGGAUCGAGUAAAGGCAAAAGCCGCUGCCAUGAUGAAAAACGACCCUGGUGUGUGGGAUGAGAAAGUCAAAGACCUCAGGAGGGCAGGAGAGGAAAUAAGUAGAGAAAAAAAGCGUACGAAUGAUAAAAUCGCCGCUGAUGAGAAAGUCGCAGCCGCACUGAAAUGGUUCAAAAAGAAGGACGACCCAGAGGAUGCGCUAAGCAAGAUCGAGAAAGAAAUAACGUCGGACGGUCGAUCUAAAAACUACGCGCAGUGGUUUCUCGAGUCGAGUGAAUACAAGACCUGGUUUGAGGCUGUGCGUCGUCACGGUGACGAUAAUGUGCAAUUUCGAGCGCCAAGUCCAGCGCGAAUACUUUGGAUAGCUGGCCCUUUUGGCAUGGGAAAAACCACCCUUGCUCAUCGAGUAUUGCUCAGCCUGAAAGCACUCGAGAGUAUACCAGUUCCAGGAGAGUCUCUGCGCGUGGUCCACUAUUUUUGCUCCGCCCGAGGCAGCUCAAGACCUGAUCACGAGACAGUCAUACGCUCACUCAUUCUGAAGCUUUCUUGGGGACUAGACUGUUCUAUUGCGCCGAAAGCUUACCAAUUCUACUGCAAAUGGACACGGGGACCCGAAGAUGAGCCCUCUAUCGACGACUGGAAGAGUCUACUUGACGCGCUCAUCGCUAAGUCCGAUCUAUCCACGAAGCUUGUUAUCCUUGUGGAUGGACUUGAUGCAUUCGAGAAAACGGAGGAGGGGCAGUUGUUCCUUGAAAGCAUGAAGUCUGUUGCAAAAGAUCACAGCCACGUAUUCUUCGUCUUUUCAUCUCACCAAUAUGUGCUGGACAGUAGCGAAUAUGAUGAAUCGUUACUCGUCGAAUACAAGGUCAAUCCGGAAGAUACAAGAAGAGACUUGGAGGCUUUCGUUGACACCGAAAUCGAAGCUCGGGCUCCCGCCCCCGGCGAGACCGUGGACGUUGAGAUAGGUCCAGUGAUUGAGGCGAAGGAAAGGGUCAUCUCAAUCUUUUUCCAACAAGGUCAAGAGAAACUUCGUGAUACAAUGAGACAACUGCUGCUGGAUCGUGCCAAUGGCAUGUUUGUGUGGGUCAAGAUCUGGCUCCAGAUUCUGCUGCCUGAACGUCCUCGACAAAAGAUCGUGUUGACGGUAAAGCACGCCGAAGAGCUUCUUGACCAAUUGAGAGGCUCAGGUAACCACAAGAAGACGGAGCAACUUCAGACUGCGUACCAACGUCUCUGGGACAGAAACGAGUACGAGUCCUAUUUAGAAAUUCGGCGAAACCUCUUUCGCUUCGUCCUCUGCUGGAGAGAGCUGUUGUCGGUCAAAGUUCUUACAAAGGCUUUGCAAAUUAACGGCGAGGGCGAAGACCUAGACGACGAAACCCUUCCUGAAAAGCGAAUACGUGAUCUGGGUGCCGACUUCUUGACCUUUGAUGACGACAACAAAAUCAGGUUCGCUCACGACUCUGCGAGGGUUUUCAUUCUUAAGCUGCUUGACGACGUAGAUAAAGAUUCGGCUUUGUUCCGAAUACAAGAUACCCAUCGCCGGGCGUUGCGACUGUUCAUCCAAGUCUUUGCUCCAACCAACCACUCCAGUCCCUUCGUCUCUGGCCUCGCGAAGUAUUUCUCGACUAACCUGUCGUAUCACUGCCAGCGAUCCAUCCAAAAUGCUCUGAUCUACAACAAAGAAUGGGAAAUUUUGUUUGAGCAGGUUCUGGAUUCGUACUCAUUGAUGGUUCCAUCGACACCACGAUUGGCUUUUCCAACUUAUCCAAAGGAGAUGUCAAACCAAUCUGUCAAUUGGAACCUGACAUCAGCUGGAAACAUAGUUCGGCCCGUACACCCAUCUUUUAGAGACAUUCCAUUUGUGAUAAAAACGGCAUCGACUGAACUUGGUUAUCCAUGGACGAAGAACAUAUCAGACGAGAUGUUCGAGUCCCUGAGAGACGCUCGAGAAAACUGGGGCGAACAGGCCCGGUAUCUAGAGCGCAGACUUGAGGGUAUCUUGAGUGGCUACAACCUAGCUGCAGCGGUGGAGAGUGAACACAACUCUGCAGCUUCCUUCAUACUCCAUGGCAGUUGGUCGUUGCAAGGUCCGAAGGGCGUGCUUGACCUCAUUGAAGAUGCGUUCGACCAACACCUCUUCUUUGGUUUCCUUUGUUUGACCCCGAAGAUUGAGGAACGCGGCAACAGCAGCCUCCCCAAAGUCCUCGUCCUCUUCACCGGCGGCACCAUAGCCGGCGGCUCCAUCUACGGCGCGCUUGACGACACGCAAUACGGCCAACUCAGCCAAACCGGCGAAGAUAUAAUAGCACGCAACCCGUAUCUCCUCAACAACACGCAACUCGCCGUCUCAAACUGGACAUCCGAAGAUGGCUCAACCGGCACAAACGACGCUUUAGUCAUGAACAUGACGCGCUUCGCACACGACGCCCUCUGUUCAGAAGACAGUGAUAUCGUCGGCGCGGUAUACACGCACGGCACGAAUUCGCUCGAGGAAACGGCGUUCCUGAUGGACUCGCUUGUGAACUGCGGGAAACCGGUUGUGGGGACGGGGAGUAUGCGGCCUUUUACGCAUUUAUCGUGGGAUGGGGAGGCGAACUUUUUUGAUGCGGUUAUGUUGGCUGCCAGCCCUGAAUCACGCAAUCGAGGACUCAUGGUAGCGUUCAACGCACGCAUCAUACCGGGGUAUUGGGUAACGAAAUUGCAUAGCACGAACCCGGAUGCUUUUGGGCCUACGUCAGGGGGUGAUCUGGGUAUCUUUAUUAACAGUUUGCCGGUUUUUUUUAAUACGCCGAGUCAGCCGUUGUACAAGUACUACUUCGAUAUCGGCACUGUUUCAGCCUACCACACAUACCCAAGCCUACCCAAAGUCGACAUCCUCUACGCAGCCCGCGAGUUCGACGGCAAGCUCGUACUCGAUGCGCACGCCAACGGCGCGGACGGCGUCGUCAUAGCCGGCACAGGCAACGGCGGCGUACCGAAUGGCGGAGACGAGAUUGUCGAAGCGAUGGAGAAAGGGCUUCAGGUUGUUGUUGGAACGCGCAGUCCGCAUGGGCCGUCGAGUCCGGCAAGGACACCGAGCUUUGCGAAGGCGGGGUUUGUGCAUCCGAUUCAAGCGAGGAUUAUGUUGCAGCUGGCGAUUGCGAGUGGGAUGGAUAUGAAUCGGACGAUUGGGGUGUUUGAAGGGGGGUUUAGGAGGGCGAUUGGACAGAGUUGGGGUCCGGGGGGUUGA